AUGUACAGAAGAUUAAUACAUACAAGCAGUGUAAAUAAAUCAUCUGCUGUUUGGUCUGAUUUUACUUCGAGGUCCAAGUCUCUAGGUAUUUCAUCAGCUGCGAUCAAGAAAGGUAUCCUCAGUGGUGAUAAAGUUACCGGUGGCCCCGCUUCUUUAAAGAGGAAGACAAACCGUAUGAAAUAUAACUCUCCUGAACUUAUCGACGAAACGUUUAAGACCUGUUAUGAUUUUUUGCAAGAUAGAUCGGAAAUAACUUAUAAAUAUGUAAAUAAAGAGUCCAUCAAACCAACAUUAAAGGAGAAACUUUUAGUGAAAGCCGAGAUAACAAAUCCUGAAGUACAAUAUAAUUUCCAAUUUGGUGAUAAAUUAGAUAAUGUAACUGAUGUGAUUGAUUAUAAUCAACCUGUUUACAGAUAUUUAGGCAAGAAACACUGGGAAUCAUAUAAACAAAUGUUGUUAAUGCAAAGGUUGGAAUCCUUAAGAGUCAUCCCCGAUACUUUACCAACUUUAGUACCUCGUGCAGCAGUUGAGAUUAAAUUUCCUUAUUCUACUGGUGUUAAUCAAUGGAUUGAACCAGGUAAAAUAUUAUCUUCAGGGGUUACAUCUUUGGAACCAAUAUUUAAGAUUCAAGAAUUUGAAUUAGUUAAUUCCAAAGAACAACUUUAUACCAUUCUUAUUGUGAAUCCGGAUGAACCUGAUUUGAUGAAUGAUUCUUUCAAGACUAGUUUAUCUUAUGGAUUAACUAACAUAAAGAUUGAUUACAACGAUAAUGUUGUAGAUUCAAGAAAGUUUUUUGAACGUAAUAUUUUGGCUAAAUAUUUACCGCCAGUCCCUGAAAAAAAUUCAGGUAGUCAAAGAUUUGCGAUUUGGGUGUUUAGACAACAUCUAAAUGAGGCGACUGGUCAAUGUGAUAUCCUCGAUACAGAUGCAAUUAUACCAGCAAUUGACAGAGAAAAUUUUGAUAUAAGAGACUUUGUUCAAAAUAAUAAAUUGGAUCCAAUUGGAGCUCAUGUUUGGAGAAGUACAUGGGAUAGUAAUGUUAAGAAUGUUAGAGCACAAUAUAAUUUACCAAACGGUAGAGUAUUUUCUAGAGUACGUGUCUAG